GUUUUUUUUGAAUCAUGUCAAGUUAUAUAAAUCAUAAUGGCAUAAAUACAACAAUAGGUGAAGGAGGAAUGACUUUAGAAAUGGUAUUAAAUGAUCAAGUCGCUCCUCCUUUUAGUUUACGAGAUUUUACCGAUUAUUUGGAUCAAACCUAUUCCUUUGAAAAUCUUGCUUUUUAUCGAGCGUUUCAUUGGAUCAUCGAAACAUUCAUUCAAAACAAUGCUGUACAAGAGAUCAAUAUCCCUGCUGAUAUGAAAUCUCAACUACUAUCAUAUUUGGAACAUCAGCAAUAUCAUCCUGCUCUUCUCCAUCCUGCUUGCUCUUCUAUAUUGGAACUAUUACGUGUCAGUGCCUUUAUUCCAUUUGCUACUGAUCCACAUCGCAUUACUCAUCAUUCAUUCCAUACCUCUACUGUCUCUCUUAUCUCAAGGACUACCUACAAUCCUUCAUCAAGCAAUCAUCCGUCCAUUCCACCAUGCUUAAACCAUUCCAUUUCAUCAUCAUUGAUUCCUUUUGCUCUUCGAAGGCAGAAAAGUAGUCCUUCAUUAUCCACCUCUUCAUCCACUUUUUCCCAUUCUGUUCCAUUACCUCCUCCACGUCCUCUACCUUCAUUAUCCACAGUGCCGUCUUUAUCAUAUAAUCAUCAUAAGGAUAAAAAAGAGGAUGCCGUAUCCAUUACAUCCGACAAUGAAGACACUUUUUUCAAGAAACUAUCUACAUCUUUUCGUCUCCGUACUUCCUCUACACCACAACGAUCUCAUGGUUGGAAACAGAUCAAUAUUCCAGAUACUAGUAUUUUCCGUCCAACUUGUCAUUCCAUGGAACAAAAGAAAUCUCAUACCACAACAUCCAAUACUACUACUACUACUAUCUAAUAAUAAUUAAACCUAGAUAUAUAUAUAUAUAAUUUUGUUUCAUAUCAUGUCAUUUUUUUAUUUUUAUUUUUAUUUUUCCAAAAAAAAAACAUUUUGAAUAAAG